AUGGCACCUAAUGAAGACUCAGCAACAAAAUUAACAGCACUUGUUGUGGAUGAUGAUAGACAAGUAAGGAUGAUUCAUCAGUGGAUGCUGAACAAAGUUGGAGUGAAGAAUCAGGCAGCGGAGAAUGGAAAAGAAGCCGUACAAAUUCAUUGCUCUGGUCAAGGAUUUGACCUCAUUCUCAUGGACAAGGAAAUGCCUUUGAUGAAUGGCAUUGAGGCAACAAAGGAACUUCGUUCAAUGGGCAUUUGUAGCAAAAUUGUUGGGGUGUCAUCUCACUCAGAGGAAAAGCAAAUACAAGAAUUUAUGGAAGCAGGGCUUGAUGAUUAUCUAGUCAAACCUUUGAACAUGGCUAAGCUGCGUUCAAUUCUUGAUAAUAUCAUGUGAUACCAAAACUAGUAAUUGAUGCAA